UUCACUUAUGAAAUAUGCAUUUACUGGCAUAAAGAGUCCAAAAGAAUUCAAAGCCACAACACACAUGGGACGCGAAGGCACUGUGGCUUACUGAUAUCUGAUAUCUAUUUGCUAGACGCCUUUGUAGACACGUGUGUAAAAUGAAAGGAUUCGUACUGAUUUAAUUUCCUAUUUCUGUUUCCCACUUUCUCUAAAGCCUCGUUUCACUGCAGCAAGAGGACUCUUGCUCAUAUUUCAACUCAUACAUGGGAUGAUAAUGCUGCCACCACCUUUCACACUUUACUGAAGCCAGGAGUCCACUGUCACACAACCUUGCCACCUAGUGGAGCUCUGAAGGUUAACCUCCCUCCUGGUCAACAGAAAUCUCCCACACAACUACCUCCUCAUCUGGGGAGAUGCCUGCUCUACAACAUUCCCUUCAGAUCCCAUUUAUUUUUUACCUGCUGAAGACAAUAUAACACUAACCAGCUUUGCAUAUACAUAUACAGGUAUUCAGGAGUCUCCUGGAUCUUGCAGAAAGGGGGGCUCGUCACUAGCAGGUCACAGAAACUGUUCUUCACCCAGCAUAUGUGUGAUAUACUCCCAUGACCCAUGUUUUCAUGUUAGAGUUAAUGGUGUGCCAAAGCAAGAAACAGGUCUCAUCCAACAAGAAGCAAAUUGAGUCACACAGGAGAAGUCACUCCGCAAAAGAGACUGCACAAACAAGAGGAAAGCAGAUGGAACUGUCAUCAAAUGGUUCUCUCUCUACAGUUACACCAACAGCAACACAUAAUGGCACUUUGACAAGCCAGACACGCAAAUAUACCAGUCACAACUGGGAGUUCUUGGUGGCUGUCCUGGUAACAGCCAUCUCUAUCUCCAUUAUCAUCGCCCUUCUGGCUAAAUGCCAGGUGGUUCGGCGCUACUUGGCCAGCUACCGGCACACACGGCUGAGGGAGGCAGACACUGAGCGAGACAGACACUGUCAGCCAGUGUGUCCUGACUGUAUUCCACGAGGCCUAGAGAUGGAGUACGGCAUGCACAUCGGAAUAGUUGAGAGGGCUCACUGUCCCAAUCACGUGGGCGAGGAAGAUGAUGACGGCUUCAUUGAGGACAACUACAUCCCAGCCAGUGAGAGAGCGAGGGCUGAGAGAGCAGCAGAGAACAUGGAGGACCCUGAGGAAGAGAUAGACGAGAUUGAAUUUACCAUUGCGUAGUAGGAGUGUCUCCACACCUUCUCGGCUGAACCACCAAUUCCACUCCCACCUUUUCCUUAUUUUUCUGUUCAUUUGAGUUAGAACGAUAUAGUCAAGUCACAGAUUUGGAGAUUUGGCACUUUGUAAACACUGGUUGAGAACAGGACAAAUGCCAGUGUGUCAAAAGCGUCUUAAUUUUAAGGCAGCACAGAAGUGCAUUAUUAUGGCAGUAGUUCUCUACAUGUUGUCUCAGGACCCACCAAAAUCCCCAUGAAAGAGAAUUUCAGCAUAAUCUCAGGAAGGUGAAUAUAAAUCGAGUUGGUGGUGCCUUAUUUAUCAUUAACAGUAAAUUAUAUGUUUCUUAGCUUUAAGUGAUAAUCAAAGCAGUGAAAUUGUGUCCUGAACAACAAAAGUUUUAAAAAGAAGAUAGUGAAAAAGAGACCAAAGGGUCCUCUAUAAAUACGAACAUUAAAGCAACUAAAUGUAACACUUGAUGAGCAGCAGCAGCCUUCAUUCACGUGUGGUGAUUAAAUCUGUUGGGCCCCGAGUCCAAGUGCUUAAGUGGUUUUUAUUUACAGCAAACGAAGUCUGUCAGUCUGUGUAGUCUCACUCGCUUAAUGGAAAGACACCAAAAUGGUGCAUAUUACCCAUGACCCCUGGCUUCCAGAGUCAGAACUGCUGUUGCUGUAACAAACACACCAAACUCUGUGUGUAAUUCUUGAUAUUUUCCAAGUUUCCUCACCAGCUAUCAAAUAUGAACAUUGGUUCUUGAUGAUUUUUAAGUCUUUUUUUACUGACAAACUACACUACAAACUAGUUUGGCAUUACUCUUGAAGUCGCACGGCCUGAUUCCAGCAGUUUAACUCACUAUUUAUCACUCAGUCUUUUUUUACUGAUUACACUACAAACUACAGUUUGGCAUUACUCUUGAUCUUGCGGGGCCUGAUUCCAGCAGUUUCAGUCACUAAUUAUCACUCAGUUAGUGGGAGUGCUUACCAAAGUUACAUAGUGCAGGAACAGGCCAGGAACGACGUAUGCACCAUUCUUCCGAACAAAUCAGUGUACCAGUACAACCAGUGUUGCACUGGUACACUGAAAAUGAUUCUGAUUCUGUUAUUUUAAGAUGUAAUAGUUACAUAAUGUUGUUUUAACCAAUCACCUUUGUAUCUGACAGUGUUUGGCUGCGCUGACUGGGAAAUUGAUUUGUUAUUUUUGUGAUAAAAGUCAGCCAAAAAUAUCUGUGUAUGAUUCAGACAGAUAAUAUCAGCUGUGCUGUAAACAGGAACAUUUCACUUUGCAAAGUCAUGUUUUGUCAGUGACACGUAUACAAAUGUGUGUGUGCAUGGAUGUAUUCGAUUCAAGACUAAUUCAUGCUGUAAUUAAAAAGCCUAUUUAACUGUUCAAAAUGUUUGAAGAGUACUCUGCAACUAAGCCAUGAAGGGACACUGUGAGGCUCUACAAAGUUGAAGCCAAUGUUAUAUGAAAGCUUUCAGACACAGUUGCGUACAAGAGAAAAUACUACAACACAUUUUUAAAUUACUAUCUUUAAACUGUGCUGUUACACCAUCACUUUUCAAAAUUUGGAUACAACAUGUCAUGAAAAGAUUUUUAAAUGUAGGACUACAGGGGAAAAAAAAGUAUGGCAGCUGCUACAUGAAAAUGUAGGGCGGCUACACCAAAGGUGGUGCUUGUAAUUAGUUACUCUCCACUCAUAGCUGCUAUUUUUAAGAUGCUAACAAUAGAAUGGAUAUGUGGAUGCAUUAAGUACUUCCCCUCUGUAAACUCAACAUGCGGUUUGGUCAGGAACUUGUGAACGGCGUGGCCUUAAUAAAAAUGCAGUUCUAAGUAAAAAUCUAA